AUGUCGAUUUUAUUUUCGCGGUUAUUUCGCGAACUUGUUCGAACAACCUCACGCACCCGCAAUGUAACUUCUAAUUUAGAAAAGCAGCAGCACCGUCUUUACUCCUAUUCAACUGGUGAUCCCUCUAAGAUGACUAGAUCCGGUAGGCGAACUACUGCCCCUAAACUCAAGAAAUACAACUCGUUGCCAUUAAACUUGCCCAGCCCCGAAGAAAAAUUUCCAAGUGGAUCUCCAAAACAAACAGCACAAUUUCUUACCGGAAAAGAUCCUGAAGGACGAUCAGUAGUCAUACAUCCAUUAAUUGGCGGUGGGAAAUCAAUACUAAGAAAAAGUUACAAAGGAGAUUUAGUUCCAUUAGUACCUCCCGAUGAGGUGUUGACUAAUAACAAACUCAUGGAUAAGAAACCCACAGUGCGUCUACGUAUUCGAAGACGUAUACGUGAGGCACUUCGAUAUGUUCUUCCACUUGUGGGAAGAGAACGUCAUGAUUAUCUCUUUUUUGGUCGGCUUGACACUCAUGAAGCUGAAUGGGAGGAAUUAAAAGAUGCGGUGCACGCGGCUAUCGCACUACCUCGUCUAUAUAAUUUCAACCUCAAGGAUAAAAGAGGAGGACCAAAUUACUUGGAAUAUAUUGAACGCGUCGGAUAUAAAGCUCGUAACGAUAAUGACUCUAGAAAUAAUUUUAAUAGUCAUAAUAGAAAUAACCAUAGCAAUAGGAGAGAUUUCUAUGGUGGUGUUCAAGGAGAAAAAUAUGCACAAAAAAGUGGGAAACUUGCGAAUGACAAAAUUAACAACAAUUAUGGCAACAGUAGCAGCAGAAACAACUAUGAUAAUCCUCGAAAUAAAUUGAAUAACGAAGACUCCAAUUAUAGGGAUUGGGAUCUUCAGCCUCUUAAAACACUACGUGAUAAUUUUAAUGAUUUAGAUAAGGAUUGA